UCAGUUAGAGUGUUAUCUUUUCAUAACAGAGACUGAUUCACCAACACUAUAAAAACAAUACUCCCAUUGGAUUCGGUAUGUUCCAAAACCCUAAGCAAUCCCUUGUUAAUGUUCUGUAUUGGGUGAGGAAUUCUGAAUUUUGAUUCUCCGAUACAACAAUGCCACGGCAAUCGCCACCGUCACAGCCGCAGCAUCCCGGCAAACUGGAGCCGGCGAUAUGGCAAGCCUGUGCCGGACCGUCUGUGGAAAUCCCGAAGCCCAAUUCUAUGGUUUACUACUUCCCUCAGGGACACUUUGAUCAAGCCUCUUCGGCACCGCGGAAUCUCUCCACUCACCUUCUGGCCAAACCCUUCAUUACCUGCAGUGUCGUCUCGGUUGAUUUUCUUGCCGAUCCUCUUACCGACGAGGUUUUCACCAAGAUGGUUCUCCAACCUGUUGGUAAUAACUUUCCAGCGGAAUCAUUCCAUACUCCUGCUGCUCCUCCGCCAAAUGACGACAAAGACAACGAUGUCGUUUCUUUCGCCAAGAUUCUCACGCCGUCUGAUGCCAACAACGGCGGGGGCUUCUCGGUGCCCAGGUUCUGUGCGGACUCCGUCUUUCCGAAGCUGAAUUUCGGGGCAGACCCGCCUGUGCAGAACCUCUCUGUCACCGACGUGCACGGCUUCACCUGGGAGUUCCGCCACAUUUACCGUGGGACGCCACGCCGCCACUUGCUCACCACCGGCUGGAGCACGUUUGUCAACAACAAGAAGCUGGUCGCCGGAGACUCUGUCUUGUUUAUGAAGAGUGCUGCAGGACGUCUGUUCGUCGGAAUUCGCCGCACCAUACGCUCCUUUCCUGAAAGGGGCAACUGCGUGAAGCUCAGGUUAAUUGAGGAGGAGGAUAAAGAAGAGGAGGAGGAAGAAGAUGAGGAGAAGGAGAAGAGGGUUUUCAAGAGGGACGGGAAGGGGAAGCUGUCGGCUAAGGUUGUUGCGGAGGCGGCAGAGUUGGCCGCGCGGAACAUGCCGUUUGAGGUUGUUUAUUACCCGAAGGCUGGUUGGUCUGAGUUCGUGGUGAAGACUGAGGUGGUGGAUGCAGCGAUGAGGAUUGCAUGGAGCGAUGGGAUGAGAGUGAAGAUGUCUGUGGAGACAGACGAUUCGUCCAGGAUGACGUGGUUUCAGGGUACUGUCUCUGCUGUCUCAUUUCAGGAUAAUGGCCAAUGGUGCGGUUCGCCUUGGCGCAUGCUUCAGGUUACAUGGGAUGAACCUGAAGGGUUGCGGAAUGCAAAAUGGGUUAGUCCUUGGCAAGUGGAGCUUGUUUCCCCCACACCUGUCCUUCAUCCGGCCUUCCCCUCACCAAAAAGGCUUAGAACUGCUGAUGGUUAUGGGGUGUUGACCAAUGGAGAGGGAGGAACCUUUUCUGUGGCCAGAGUCACUAAUUCAGCAAUGGUACACCUGAAUCAGGCAUUGUUGGGUUAUAGUCAUUUUCCUGCUGGCAUGCAGGGAGCCAGGCAUGAUGUAUUUUCUGCAUCAAGUUUUCCCAAUUAUCCAAGGGACAUGUCUCAUCCGUGUAUCAUAAAUUCCUUUGGGAACAACACAUUUUCAAGGCUGAAAAAUUUGCCGACAGAACCACAUGUUGGCGGCAACUCUCAAUCUGAUGAACUAUCACCAGACAGUAGUUUCCAUUCCUGUGUCACAGACACUCUUGAGAAUCGCAACAACUCAAUAAAACCUGCGCCGGAUUCAUUUCAGCUAUUUGGUGCAGUCAUUCGGAAAGAACAACCUGUACAAAAUGGUUUAACAGACACUGGUUGUCCUAUCACAGGAGAUAAAGUCCUUGACAGAUGAGGAUUCUUACUAGUGAAAGUGGCUGUGAUUAUAUGAUACAUAUAAGUAAAUGUACAGGUAGGAACUUCUUCACGGCCGGAAGCUGACUACCCUUUUGACCCUGGACUCUCCAAUACUUGAAAAACAAAUCUCAUAUCUCACAAUUUAUGCUACUUUUUUUACAGAACAUUUGAUGAUAUUUCUUAAUACAAAUUUUUUUUCUAUUUGACGAGUGA